GGAAAGACUUGGGGAAUAUAUAAAAUGUAAGUAUAUUAUGACAGAUGAUGAUGCCAAAUAUUUCAAUGCAUGGUGCCAAGAAAUGGUGAAGGAUGAGAAGCCAAGACGUUUGCUUUGCACAUGGCAUGUCAUAAAAAACUGGAACAUCCAAGGGAGAAAUAAAAUAAAGAAAAUAGAAAUCAAAAAAGGAAUGAAACACAAAAUGAGGCAUAUAUUGAAAGAAACUGACCAAACCAAAUUCCUAGAAUUGAAAGAAGAGUACUUCAAAUAUUUGGAAGAAGAAUGUGAAUAUGAUUUUUUGAAAUAUUUACAGAAACACUAUUUUCAGAGUAUUGAAAGAAUAAUGAUGUGGUCCCAUUGCUUCAGGAUAAAUGUUGGUAUUAAUACUAACAUGGCUAUUGAGAGCCUAAAUAAAGUGAUAAAAUACAAUAAAAUGAAGGGAAAGCAGAACCUACGAAUAGAAAAAUUAUUAGAUUUAUUAGAAGAUCUAGUACAAGAUGAAAUGUGGAAAAAAUUUAUUGAUUUGGAGAGACCUAACGCAAAUUCCUACCAAAGCAGAGUAAAUAGAGAAGCUCAUAUAAAGGCUGAAAAUGAAGUAAAGGACAAAGUGAUAGUAUUAGAUUCUGGUGAGUUCAAAAUUUUCUCGACUUCGGUCCAGAGAGUGAUGAAUCUCCAUUAUGUAUAGAUGAGCCUUCGACUAGCAGGGUUCGAAAUCAAAAUGAAGUUGACAAUUUUAUUGAAGAAAUAACAGAAUCUCAAAAUACUGUUUCCAUUGAUCCUAG